CUACUGUACGUUGUUUUAUUUUGAGAAAAGUUUUGAUUCUCUUACGGUGUAUGUCCAUCCAUAUGCAGCCAGAAAUUCAUUUACACAUGGAAUGAACAAACCCCAAUCCAAACCGUUCAAAUAAUGGGGCAUACUGUAGAUGGGCCAUAAACAUAAAAUCACAUGGAAAGGACAUUAGAACCGUCCAAUCAGUGGCUAGAAACUGGAGGGUUAAAAUGAAAAAUAGCCAAUGAUCCCAAGUAAAAAAAAAAAAAAGAGCCAUGUGAGAUUACACGUACGACGAAAUAGCCAGCAUGGCACCUGCCCUGAAUGUGAUACACCAUGGCCUGCAUGGCUAGUGCGUGUGUCGUGGCUGCUGUAGUCCAAGCCCUCUGCCCUGUCAUCUCCUACAUGCUACAUCCAGAUAUGCACACGUGUUGUGGACAGCUAAGCCUAUCAUUAAAAUGAAUGGGUUGUCAAAUUAAAAACCCUAAUGUCCAACUUACUUCAUAUUAAUAUCCAAAUAUCAGAAAUAUAUAUCUUGAGAUCUCGUUUCACCUAAAAAUAGUAGCAUAUUCAAUCCAUCUAAAUGCCAUCUAACCGUCCAUUCCAAUAUCUCCUCACCCAAUAUCUAACAUCAUCUUAUCUCAACUCCCCCAUGCAUUUUCUCUCUAUAAAGCUGAGAAGGGAAAAGCACCCCACAAGACCCACAAGACCCAAAGCUCAUUUUUUGUUUUUGGACCACCUAGCCAUGGCACGUAAAAAGGUUAAGCUUGCAUGGAUUGCCAAUGACUCGUCCAGGAAAGCCACCUUCAAGAAGAGGAAGAAAGGGUUGAUAAAGAAGGUGAGAGAACUGAGCACCUUAUGUGGGGUCCCUGCAUGUGCAAUCAUCUACGGACCACAGAGCUCGCAGCCGUUGGAGGUGUGGCCCACCUCGGCAGACGCUGUAGAUGUCAUCAUGAGGUUCAAGAGCCUGCCUGAGAUGGAACAAAGCAAGAAGAUGAUUAACCAGGAAGGGUUUCUCAGGCAAAGGUUGGCUAAGCUUAAGGAGCAACUAAAGAGGCAAGAGAAAGAGAAUAGGGAAGCUGAAGCAAGGGUCCUGAUGUAUGAAAGCCUUGCUGGGAAGGGUUUGCAUGGUGCAUGCAUGGAGGAUUUGAACAAGUUAAGGUGGUUGGUUGAGUCGAAGAUAAAGAGUGUGCAAGAGAGGAUAGAAGUCCUUAGGCGAUCGGCAGUGCCAGUGAAAAUCCAAGCAAAGGAAGAGAGCAUGAAGAGAGAGGAAGAUGUGGAGAAGCUACAGGCUUUUGAGGUGGUGGCCAUGGAGAUGGAGGCUCUACAAAGGCAGCAAUGGUUCAUGGAAGUGAUGAACUCACAUGAACCAGUGGGGUAUGUUGGGGGGGAGUUGAUGGGGCCAUUCGGUGAUAGUAACCCAUGGUUGGAUGCUUGUUUUCCUUAGGUUUCAUUGUAAACGUUUCAGUUAUUAUUACUAUUAUUAUUAUUAUUCAUAAGCAGUACCUUUUCUUCCAAGUUAAUGCAUGUAUAUAAAUAAAAAACAAUGUUCUCUUCAGCUACAAAAGCCAAUUGAGCUUUUUCUUUCUUUUGCUUCCUUUCUUUUUUUCUUUAUUUUCUUGGCUUUUCUGACCUCUUUUUUUUUUUUUUUAAAUCUUUUUCUUUUUCUUUUUGAUAGUGUGGGAGAGGACUUCUUGGGCUUUCUAUAAGAGAUUUGGGACCGAAAGAUCUUAUAGGUACGGAAUUUCCCAACAACUCAACAUGGCACAAGUUAAAAAUCUCCUUCAAUUUGAAGAGUCACCAUGGUAAUUAAAUGACUUGGAAUACUCUUUUAGAUCAUUUCCCCUUCUUUUCAUUUCCCUCAUCCCUCAUUAUUCCAUCAGUCGAGUGAUUAAACCGUUUACUAGAGUAUAAGAACUAUAAAAAAUAGAGAGUUGUCUUGUGUAUGGCAAGAGAUUCUAAAAUACUUCCCAGCUUCUUCGGAUCGAAUUUGCCAUCAUAUCUCUAGA